GCUAAAUCAAUAUUGGACUUGUAACUGUAAUACAAGUUACACAUUAAACUGUUAUAUUAGAUCGGAAACAAAGUAAGAUCUUUAUCAGUAUGAAAAAUAUUGUUUUUGAGGACAAACUGGAUCCUAAGUCGUUAUUCGUUUCUGUCGAUGGUUUUUUGAGUCCGAUUCAAACAAAGUCAGCACCGAGCUCACCUUUGACAAUACGCAAAUAUUCAAAAGUAAACAUUCUGAAAGAGGACGAAAGAAGACGAAACAGUUUACCAAUUUCAACAGAAAAAAUCUUUCCAGACCCUUACACGGAUAGAAAAACGAAACAGUGCAAAAGAAUACGUUCUUUUAAAACGACAUCAAAAGGGGUUCCAAAGGCUACAGAAGGGGACAGACGGGAAAGCAAUGUCAGUGUUACUUCACUUCGAGACUUUAACCGACAAAGAAAAUCAAGUGACACAUCAGAGGACAGUUCCCUGUGUUGUGGGUGUUCCUCAACCUCUUCGUCCGGAUACUAUCGGGUUUGUGUGAUGGGUGCUGAUGCUGUUGGCAAACGUACUUUGACAACUCAGUUUAUGAGCUCUGAUUUCAUGUGUUCACAUAUUUUUGAAAUAGGCGAUGUUGAAGACAAUUUGUUAACGGUAGUAAUAGACAACGAAGAGUCCACUUUAGAAUUUGUUGAUUUCUCAGAGGACAAGGCUCAGGAACAGCAGGUCGAUGCUUACAUUGUUGUGUUUUCUGUCCACGAGAAGUCAACAUAUGAAGUUGCUGUUCAGUAUAUACAAUAUAUCCGCAAUGACAUGGACAGUGAUAGACCAAUAAUUAUUGUAGCUAACAAAGUGGACCUUGUAAGAAAAAGACAAAUUAGUAAUGAAGAUGCCAGGAAAUUAGCAACAAAAUAUAAUUGUAAAUAUAUAGAGACCUCUGCAACAUUGAAUGUAAAGGUUGAUGAACUACUUGUUGGAAUACUUAAACAGAUCAAGUUAAGACUAAAUCCAGAUAUUGAAAAACCUAAGGUGGUCUCCUCACGUAGAGACUCUUUAUUGAAAGGAUCCAUUGAUAUGCUGGGCAAACUUUUUCACCUGAAACAUAAAAGCAAAUCAAGCUUUGAUGAUGUUUUGAUGUAAACUACUUUGUCAUAUUGCUAACAGUGUUUAUAAGUAACUCGGCUGUACUGAUUUUUUCUCGACCAUUCUGAAUUGGUCUGAAUUUUACUUGAUAUUAUUUAACUCUAGUCUUAACCAUUCUAAACAGUCUGAACUUGUACUCGACCACUCUUUAACCAUUUUAAAGAGUCGUAAUCAUAUUUGACCCAAGUCUGAAUCAUACGCGACCCAAGUCUGAUCCAUACUCGACCAAGUUUGAACCAUUCUGGACAGAGUGUGAACCGUAUUAAACCAAGCCUUAACAAUCCUCGACCUAAUAUUGUCUGUUUUUAGUCUAUUAAGAGUCCAAUUUUUACUAUAUGAGUUCUCAUGGCUUGAAAUUUGACCAAGAGUACUAUAUAUGUACCUGUAUUUUUACUACAAUGUAAAAAAAGUAGUGUAUUGUUGAAUAAAAUAUAGUCAUAUAUUCAAGAGUGAUAAUGUAGAGGUUGUUUGGUCAAGUAUGGUUCAUACUUUGGUCGAGUAUAGUUCAGACUUUUAACUCCUUUGGUCGACGUUGAAAAUAGGUCGAUAACUGGUUAAGUACAGGGCAAGAACAGGUUGAGAAUGGGUUCAGUGUGGUCAACAUAAGGGUCAAAUACAAGUUCAGACUGUUUAGUAUUGUCCAGACUUCUGUCGAGUAAUAUCAAGUAAAAUUUAGACAAAUUCAGAAUAGUCAGGUACAAUUCAGCACAGUCGAGUACCGAGUACAAAAAAUGCCCAUUUCAGACUUUUAAUGGUUGUAGUGUCAUGCACAGUUUUCAUUUACAAUGAUCAUCAAACUAUUGUGUCACGGCAGAAUGACAUGAUUCCUGUAGGCCGUGACCUAGUAAGAUUCUUUAAUAUGAAGUUCGUUUAAAUUUCCAUAUUUUAAUUCAAACUACUUGAGAGAAAAAAAAAAUUUAAUGUAAAAUCAGAUUGUCAUUUAUAUUAGGCAUUAUGUUCCAAAUUGAUAGUGUUAUGCUGGUAAAUAUAAUUGUUGCUAAUUCUAUUUUUCAAAAUCUUGUCUUAUUUUACAUAAAAGAUUUCAUGUUUAGAAUUAAUUUGGACGUUUAAACAUUUUCUUUCAUGUUUUACUUUGACAAGAGAAAACAAAGGAUUCCUUUUCCUGUGUAGUUCAAUGAUAUAGAGCUAUGGUAAUUCAUAUAGACUUUUAUGGAAUUUUAUGGGUGUUUUGUGUAAACAAAUGAGAAUUUUCAAAUCACUGAUCACGAAAGUAGUAAAAUCAAAUUAUAUAUAUAUUCCAUGUACAAAUCAUCAUGUUUAUUGAGACAAUCAAACGGGUAUUGAUUUUGUAUAACAAUAAAACUGUAAAUAUA